ACGCCGGAGGAGGGAGGGUCCACCGAUCAGAGACGGACAGGAGCCCAAGUCUCUCUUCUCUCUCUCUCUCUCCCCCCUUGCCGCUUCGAUCCAUACCGAGCAAGCCCCAAACCCUACCGCAUCGAUGGCCGACGGCGGGGGCAGCGGCCGCGAGCCAGGGUCCGGCGCUGGCACGGCACCGGUGUGCAGCUUCGUGCGGAAACCGCCCAAGAACAUCCGGAAGCGGCCCGCCGCGCCCGCCGGCUCCGACGACGACGACGGCGGCGGCGGCGGCGCCCUCGCUGCCUUGCGGUCGAAGAAGGGCCCGUCCUCCGCGGGAAAGCUCGUCUUCUCCUCCGCCGACGCCUCCUCCGAGCCGCGGCGGUUCCAGUACGAGUCGUCCCGGACGAUCCAGUCCACGGACAGCCGCGCCACCGCCACGCUCGAGACGGAGACGGAGUUCGACCGCGACGCGCGCGCCAUCCGCGAGCGCCAGCUCAAGCAGGCCGAGGAAGCCCUCAAGAAGAACCCAUCAGGGGCCGCCUCCGCCUCUGCCUCCGGCGCCGGCGAGGUGUACAAGGGGAUCCACGGAUACACCGACCACAAGGCCGGGUUCCGCCGGGAGCACACGGUGUCAAGCGAGAAGGCCGGCGGCUCGCACGGCCCGCUCCGGGCGUCCGCGCACAUCCGCCUCUCCGCGCGGUUCGACUACCAGCCUGACAUCUGCAAGGACUACAAGGAGACGGGCUACUGUGGUUACGGUGAUUCCUGCAAGUUCAUGCACGACAGAGGGGAUUACAAGUCUGGGUGGCAGAUGGAGAAGGAGUGGGAGGAGGCUGAGAAGGCCCGCAAGCGGCGCAUUGCGAUGGGUGGGGGUGGGAGUGACGAUGAGGCAGCAGAGGAUGAGGAUGAUGAUGACGAGGAGGCCCUGCCCUUCGCCUGCUUCAUUUGCAGGCAGCCUUUUGUUGAUCCGGUCGUCACGAAAUGCAAGCACUACUUCUGUGAGCAUUGCGCGCUGAAGCACCACUCGAAGAACAAGAAGUGCUUCGUGUGCAACAAAGCGACGCUGGGCAUCUUCAACGCCGCGCAGGAGAUCCGCAAGAAGAUGGCGCAGGACAAGAAGCAGCAGCAGGAGCAGUAACUCUAGGCACACAGAAUGCAAGCUUAGCUGUUGUACGUUGAUGUAUUAACUUUGUUCCGAUAUUAUUUUUCCAUCAGAAAAAAAAGAGAGAAGAAAAGGAAAAUCAGAACCCUGCUUUGAACUUGUAUAUACACUAUCAUCCUUCACCACAUUCAGGCUCUAGCACAGCUAGUCCUCCAGCAUUGCUGCGUCA